AAUGAAUGGUAGUCUUUUUUCCAAAAUGAAACCAAUUUUCGUUUUCCUCGCAUUACCUGCUGUGAUAUGGGCUUAUCCACAGACUAAGCUAUUUCAGAGCGAUUGGCAGGACUUCUCUUUGAGACGGAUAUUCAUAGAACCCGAUAACCUUGACAGCCCAAAAUUUGAUCCAGGUCUUAGGAUAGUAAAUGGGUACGAGGUUAGCCCUCACCAAAUACCCUAUCAAGUCUGGAUAAUUUUCAGAAUGACUCCAGGAGCUGGCGGUUGGGGUUGUGGAGGUUCCUUGAUUACAAGAAGAUUUGUUCUUACUGCCGCACAUUGUAUACUUUGGGCUGGGCUAGCAGAAGUGUACCUCGGCGUCCACAACAUUUCAAGUGACGAAACUAACAGGAUCAUAGUAACCACUAAAAAACUCACUGGUCAUCCGGACUACAAUCCUACCAAUAUCACCAACGACGUGGGCGUUAUUGACCUUGAACAAGAAAUUGAACUCAACAAAUUCAUCGACGUAGUCAAAUUGCCCGGUCUAGGAGAUUUAAAUGAAUUGUACGAAGGUGAGAACGCCAGAGUGAGUGGAUGGGGUAAAACCGCUGGAGACGGCAACAGUUCUGACGUCCUUUUGGCAGUCAACGGUACUGUGCUUGCCAACACCGACUGUAAAGCCGUCUUUAGCAUCUUCCAGGACAGUGAAAUCUGCAUUUUGGGAUCUGGGGGCGAGGGUAUUUGCGACGGAGAUUCAGGUGGCCCCCUCGUAGCAGGAGAUGUCCAAAUCGGUGUCGUGUCCUACGGGACAAGGGACUGUGUCUACGGGUAUCCAUCGUUCUUCGCCAGAGUUACCAGUUUUUUGGACUGGAUUGUGGAAAAUUCGGAUUAUGUAGUUCAGUAAUAUAAAUAAAAUGGACAUGUGGACAGAGAAGUAGUUUUGCAACACAGUGAAAAUACCAAACCCGAAAGUGUCUAGCAAAUUCUAUUUGGCAUUUAAAAUCAUCACUCAGAAUCAUCAGACAAAGCUAAAUUGGGCCUGGCUAUAUGACUGCGUUCUCUGGCAAAUUGUCGUAGACACAUGCAAUGACAAUUCAUAUUUCUCGUUGUAUUUUGUCCAUAGUUCAACAACGUAAAAUUAUCUGAUAAUCUUUCCAAACAGAUAAUCCGUUUAAAAUUAUGAACAUGUUCCAAAAAAGCCAAGUAAAUAAAAUAGUAUCUUUCCAGUGAAACUAUAAUACCUCAAAGAUUAAAAAACAAAUAAAUAUAAUAUUUGUAGACAAUGUAAUGCAACAGCAUUUUUAUCAGACACGUUAAGCAGGAAAUGAUAUUUAAUAUUUCAAACUAUUUGAGCU